CACUCAUUAUUUUUUGUUCGGGCGCGUGCAAACUAAAAAAGAAAAGCAACCCGACAGCCCGACAAACCAACAACGGAUCUGUUCCUCCAGCUGCAAAUCAAAUCGAAUUGAAUCGAUCGAGGAGCAAGCAAACCAGCAAGAAAUAUGCAAAGCACACACGGCCAACGCGUCACGGUUCCGAUAAAAAAACGCACUCCACUUUUCCCGCAGCGGCUGUAUUCGAUGCUGGAAAACUCGGAGCGAUGCGGUUACAACCACGUUAUUUCGUGGAUGCCCGACGGAACCUCGUUCAAGAUCCACGCCGACUCGAGCGCCGUGGGCUGUUCCUUUUUUGGAAGAACAACAGCAGAUGCAGAUGCAGACACCAACGACGACCGGCACGAGCGGUUGCUUGUUGGAAGGGAACACCGGGCCAUUCUAGAAGUGCUCCAGCGAAACGGAUUCAACCAAAAGCGGUACAAAUCCUUUCUGAGGCAGCUCCAGCUGUACGGAUUUCAGAGGACCUUUACCGGGCCGGGCCGGGGGGAAUGCAGGCACCCUUUUCUGGUGAAGGGUCGACCGGAGCUACUGGAGGGAAAGACGGUGAAAGAUUUCCAGCACAAAAGCGACAACGACGGCAUCUGCGUUUUCGCCGAUGAGCUGAUCCGGCGGAAGACUACGAUGGAUGCCGACACCGACCCCGGAAACCCCGGUCACAGGGGGUUCGGCACAACGCCGGCACCGGAAGAACCGAUGCAGCUGUUCCUGACGAAAGACGACUACAACUAUUGGAUGCCUUCCAGUCCGUUUCUCGAAUUUGUAUAAUGCAAUGAAAUAGAAUAUAAUUUUAUUCAUCGGUGGCCAGGUCAAAAUGUGAAGUGCGCUUUGACGAGCCAACAAAUACCCUAAUCCCCUCAAUAGAUAGAAAUGAGUUUACUAGUUGCGACAAAAGCAUAAAAAUAAAAUCUUUGUCACAACAAAGGGUCCAUUGUGUAUUAGAUACG